AUGGAGAUCCCCAAGAGCCGACUCAUUGAAGCCAAGCAGAGGCGACAAGAGGCGUCGAAGGAUGCGUUGCUGCUGAAGAACCGCAUCGCUCUGCUCAAGGCUGAGGAGGACAAGGCCUGGAAGAAGAUUGAGCAGACUCGUCGACGCGCUGCUGAGCUCAUGAAGCUUCGAGAGGACAACGGUCGAGCUCACGCCAUGCUGAAAGAGCUGGCGAUGGAGGUCGAGCGAGAGACUCAGGCGUCCAUCCAGGUCAAACGCGAGCUGGUGUUGAGUAUCGACAGCAUUCCGAAGAAGAAAGAGAUCAGCAUGCAGAUCACCGAGGCGCGCAGGAGCGAGGCCCUGCAGCUCAAGGAGGACAAACAGCGUUGGAAGGAGAUCAUGGACCGACAGAAGCGUGACGAGCUGAUCGACGCCAUCCGCCGCAAAGAAGAGAUCGAGAGUCAGAAGGAGGCGCUGCGCGUCAAGAAGAUCCUGCACAAACAGGACGUCGACAAGCACAACCGAGAGCGCGCGCUGGAGAAGAUCCGCGCAGAGGAGGAGCAAGCUCGGCGACACGAGGCUGAAGUGCAGGAGAUGGAACGCCAGGAGCUCGAGCUCAUUCAGCGGCUGCGAAACACGCAGCACCUGCAGAAGCAGGCCUUCGAGGAGCUGGAAGCUGCGCUCAGCGGUGGGAAUGGUGUCGCUGCCAAGAUUUAUUAG